AUGUCACCAUCUCUAGCGCCGUCAAAUCCACAAAGUUUCCCUUCAUAUAAAAAGUUCUAUAACGAAUUCGAUAACAAAAGGGACAACUGUGAUAGUGAAUGCAAACAGAAUAUAGGAUCGGUUCUGCAACAAUAUACAACGAAGGGGGUUAAGAAAGAUGAAACUGAGAAAAGGGUAUGCUGUGCGUCUAACAAUGGGGGGCGGAAGGAACUAGAUUGGGAGACCAGUCAAUUUUUGUAUUACCAUGUGGGGAACACAUUACCUGAGAGUCUCGAAGAUGCCGAUUUUAGGGGUCUCUUAAAAAUGCUUUGUUCAAAAAUAAAUGAUACAUAUAGGCAACAUGGGCCUAAAAUUCCCUGUGAUUCUAUUCCCAAGGAACUCUUCAAUAAUAGGAAAAAAAUACAUGACUAUUAUUACGAUUAUAGCGCCAUAGAGGGAGAUAUACAGAAUAACGGUAUACCUAAUUGUAAAGAGGACAAAUGGACUACUUAUUUGAAUAGCAUUAAUGCAGCAUGUAGGGCUGCGGGACAAGGUUGCGAAGCAGGGAAACAAUACGACAGUGAUAAAUAUUGUAGCGAUUUCAAUAGUAAGUAUAGGGCAUAUUGUGAAAAGAUACAACUGUCAAAAGAAAAAUGUACCUUAGAAUCUCAACUAACAUCUGUACAAGAAGAGAAGGCGCGGGCCGAGCAAGCAGAAAAAUCAGCACUCUCUGAAAAACAAUCCAUAUCCACCAAAUUAAACAACGCCAUCCAUCAAGCAAAUAAAGCUUCUUCUCUUUCUUCUGCUUUUGGUACCUUAGCACUAAUGGAAUUACCAGCUGCCCUAUUCCUUUUAUACAAGUAUAAGCCAUGGUCUUUUUGGUUUGGUAACCAAACUUCUGGAAAUGGAAGGAGGAGCAGAAGCAACAGAAGAAAGAGAAGAUCAACUGGAGAGAACUUUGAUGUUUCUGCGGAAGAGACCUUCACUGAAUAUUCCACAGAUAACUCAACAAUAGGUGACUCUACAACGGCGGAUGAUUCCACCACACUACGUUCUCGUCCUGCGCACACAAGACAGUCUAUAGGGCCGUCUACCAACAGAGAAGGAAGAGUAAGAGCGAAUAAUAAUACACCAGGUCAUCACCGGAACAAU